AUGGCCUCCUCACAUUUUCCGCUGCGAUGGCGAACGGCGCUCCUAGGCGGCCUCCUGGCGACAGUAUCGUGGCUUCCGAGCAUAAUGGCACAGGAGAAGACGCAGGCCGACUACUUCAUACAUGACCUGCCCGGUGCGCCAAAGCCAUUGCUGAAGAUGCACGCAGGACACAUCGAAGUCGACGCAGAGAACAACGGCAACCUCUUCUUUUGGCAUUACGAGAAUCGCCACAUUGCAGACCGUCAGCGGACGGUAUUAUGGCUGAACGGCGGCCCUGGCUGCUCCUCGAUGGACGGCGCCAUGAUGGAAGUCGGCCCAUACAGAGUGCGCGAGGGCGGCAACCUCGAAUACAACAACGGUUCAUGGGACGAGUUUGCAAACUUGCUCUUCGUGGAUCAACCUGUUGGGACUGGUUUCAGUUAUGUGAACACAAACAGUUACCUCACUGAACUCGACCAAAUGGCCGACCACAUGCUCAUCUUUUUGGAGAAGUGGUUUGCGCUAUUCCCCGAAUACGAGAAUGACGAUUUGUACAUCGCUGGUGAAUCGUACGCUGGUCAACACAUCCCCUACAUCGGUCGUGCUAUCCUCAAUCGAAACAAACAGAACCCCUCCAAAACGCCAUGGGCGCUCAAGGGACUCAUGAUUGGAAACGGUUGGAUAUCGCCCGUCGACCAGUAUCUCGCUUACAUACCCUUUGCCUACCAGAAUGGUCUCAUGCGAGCUGAUACGGACAUGGCAAGGCGUGUCGAGGAACAACAGAGGAUCUGCAUCAAGAAGCUCGACGCUGGUGGAAUGAACACUGUCGACACAAGCGAGUGUGAGCAGAUCAUGGUUAGGAUUUUGGAGGAGACCAAAGACACAAAGGCCGACAACAUGAACCAGUGCCUGAACAUGUACGAUAUCCGUCUCCGUGACGAUUCGUCGUGUGGUAUGAACUGGCCUCCGGAUCUUGCGCAAGUCACUCCUUACCUCCGCCGCCCCGAUGUCAUUCAGGCACUUCACAUCAACCCUGACAAGAAGACUGGCUGGCAAGAGUGCAACGGGGCCGUUUCUGGUCAUUUCCGUGCCAGGAAGAGCGAGCCUGCCGUCAAGUUCCUGCCCGAGAUUAUCGAGCAGAUUCCAGUCUUGCUGUUCUCUGGUGACAAAGACUUUAUUUGCAAUCACGUUGGUACAGAAGCUAUGAUUGGAAACAUGCAGUGGAACGGUGGCAAGGGUUUCGAAGCUUCCCCUGGUGUACAGAAUGCUAAACAGGAUUGGAUGUUCGAGGGCGAAGCUGCUGGGACAUGGCAGGAGGCGCGUAACCUCACAUACGUCGUCUUCUACAACUCCAGCCACAUGGUUCCCUUUGACUACCCCAGACGUACCCGCGAUAUGCUCGAUCGCUUCAUGGGAGUCAACAUCGAGGCAAUCGGUGGUGCUCCUGCCGACAGCCUUAUCGACGGCGAGAAAGGUCCACUGACCAGCGUUGGUGACCACCCCAACUCGACUCAAGCAGAAGAAGACAAAACGAAAGAGCUCAAGGCGGCAGAAUGGAAGGCCUACACUCGCUCCGGCCAGGCUGCACUCGUCGUUGUCCUCAUUGCUGCCUGCCUCUGCGGCUUCUUGUGGUGGCGCAGUAGGCGUGCUGCAAGCAGCGAAUACAAGGGUACCGACAGUGACGAAGGACGAGAGUCUCUUCUAACCGGCAUGGGCCUUGACAACUUCAGGAGAAGAGAACGCAGGCAGGAUCUCGAGGCUGCCGACUUUGACGAACGGGAGCUUGAUGAUCUUGACGAUGCGCCAAAGAAGCCAGGAAAUGGCUAUGCGCGCGCAAAUUCGGAGAAGACGAGGGAGUCGCACAAUGACUCUACGUUCUCUUUGGGCGUAGACAGCGAUGAUGAGGAGGCUAGCUCCAGUGAUCGUGGCAGAAGAAAGGAAGCAUCAGGAUAG